CCACAUCUCUGCCAUUUUGCUUUUUCUUGGUACUUUUGAUACUCUGUAAGGGGCACUAAACCUCCCUUUAAGUGCGAUGUUCCUUCUCGAUCACUCUGAAGUGUACCUUACAUGAAGAGAACAGAGGAUCAUGGCCUUUGAACAACCCAACAACAUCAGCCUAACGGAAUCCGAUGGCAGCGAUCCCCUUUUCCACCUCUGCUGGAGACUACAAUCCUGCUCGCAAUGUCUGACAGAAGGCGUGAGCUGCAGUUGGUGCGCAAUAUCAUCUACCUGUGUUCCAAAUCCAGGACGAUUCCCAAUACUGGCUCCUAUCGGGUCCGAUCAGAUCUGCCCGCUUGGAUCGAAAGAACGAUGGGAGCUGCGUGCGCGUCCGCUGGGAUGUAACGCGAGCACUUUGAAUGUUCUUUCGGUUAUUAUAUCUAUAUCGGGGACUUUGGCUUUGUUUGCUAUUGUUGUACUGAUUGUCUGGUUGGUGAAGCGGCUUCGGCGGCGAUUGAAACAGACGGAGUAUGAGCGCUUGGGCGAUGGCCCUUCGGAUUCCUCUUGGCUUGGUUGGCUCGAUAUGGCAUCUUUACUUUCAUUGGUUGGUCUUUCUAGCCAGGGGGAAUCGCAAACUGGGACGCAGGGGCAAGGGGCAAAUCAAGCUUUGGCGGAGGAAGGGCAGGAGGAUCCCGAGACGCGGCCGUUGCUCGCAUAG